CUGUGGGCGUCACCAAGUCUCGAGAAGAGGAGUCGAGGAGGGGAAAUUUGAGUAUUGAGAAACCUCUGUUGUUUCAUAGAAAGCUAAAAUUACCGUAUUGGCACGAAUAUAGCGUGGUGUAUUGUUCACAACAGGACAUUUGAAUGAGCAGGGGUUAGGUGUGUGGUCCAUAUGUGAGGACGACUAGAAAAUAAAUGCCAAUACGCAUUUACAACAGUAGACUACUCUUCAACGAAAACAUUUUCAAAAUUAGUGGAGAAAAGUACUUUCACUGACAACUUCCUACAAUGUCUGCAAGCGUAGAAGAAGAGGAAAAGCCACCACAAAACAAGCAUGAAGAGCGGCUGUCCCGAGUGUUUGACGAAGUGAUGGGGCUUGGACACUUUGCUGACUCCUCCAGGGGCUCUGCCACCUCCUCCAGGAGUGAAGGUCAGGACGAGACAAAGGAAGUCGACACAACUUCAGCACAAGUGGAACAGCAACCGGUUGAAGAGGAGGAUAGCAACGGCAGCAGACAAGAAGAAAAGAUGGAAGAGGGGGCGGAAGAGUCUUCCUUACUGUGCAUUACCUCCCCUUCCUCCGUCCCAGGCUCAUCGUUUACAAUGGGAACCAAAGAAGUCGGAGGAGGCGGAGGAAGUGGAGGGGCAGCGUUUGAUGACGCACAGGAUGGACUCCCUGCGUUUGGGCCAGGAGAAGAAGAAGAAGACUGGCACUUUGCCCUGCCAUCGGACAGCCUGGGGGAUGUUAAUGUGGUAAAGGAUAAAAAAAAAAUGGCACCAGAAGUGGAGAUCAACGCCACACAACGCAAACCCUUCCCUCCUCAGCCCAGAGAGGUGGAGGAUGUAAGCACAGAGUCGGCUAACACCUCCCACUCCUCCCAGGACCACACACCUGAAAACAGCCACGGCGGAGGCAUCCAGGACCGGGCGGAGGAGACAGAAGAUAGCCAGGAGGGAGAGAGGACAGAGGCAGCUCCGAUGGAGGACAGUAGUCCCCCUCCUAUCAAUAUUAAAGAUGAACCCAUCGAUGAGGGCUACGACGCUGCGCUGCUGCCUCAGAGCUCCAUCAGACAGAUCAAAGAGGAGCUGGAGCAUCAGGAGGAAGAGCUGAGGAUCAGCUCCGUCUACUCUGUAGGUGGAGGAAACACCUUUGCGUCGCCUACCGAAGCCCUAGCAAUGCUCCAGGCGAUGAGCGAGGCCGAAUCCGAAGGGGGAGAGAAAACCGAUGGAGAAUCUGAUGAGGGAGAGGUCAAAGAUCCGUCAACGGAGGAGGAAUCCUCAUCUGAGGAUUGGGAGCCGAUACCUCGAAAAAGGCCCAGGGUUCUGUUGGCAGCGAGACCACCCACUCCUCUACCCAUGUUAUCGCAUCAGCCUGCUGACACUGUGACAGAUAAACCAGUGUCGGCCCAUCAUGAUUCGCAUGAGACUGGCAAGGAUGGAACUCUCUGGAUACCAGAGAAUCCUGGCCUGCGCACUGGGAGAGUGAAGUCUAACAAUGUGUUGACAGAAGGAGCCGGCCCAACCGCACAUGCACGCCACAACAUAGACGACCCUCUGAGCGCAUUUAUGUGUCUGAUGGACCCUGUGAUGCUGAAGCACAUCUGUGACUGCACGGUGGCAGAGGCGCGCCGGCGUGGAGAGGAAGGAUGGAAGUUAAGCUUGGCUGAGCUGAAGGCGUUCAUUGCACUUCUUUUAGCGCGGGGCGUGCACAACGGGAGAAUUGUGGAAGACUUGUGGUCUCAAGAAUGGGGUCUUCCCUUCUUUAGCACAACUAUGGCAAGGCACCGAUACAGAGACAUAAUGCGCUUCCUGCGUUUUGAUAAGAAAGACACCAGGCGCAGUCGUCUUGGAAAUGACAAGUUUGCCCUUGUGAGUGAGGUGUGGGACAGGCUUGUCCAAAACAGCAUCGCGUGCUAUAAACCAGGGUCCGAAAUAACUGCAGGUGAGCAGUUGCUCCCCACAAAGACAGGGUGCCCCUUUACUCAGUAUAUGCCCAACAAACCAGACAAAUUUGGUAUUAAGUUCUGGCUCGCUGUGGAUGUGGAGUCAAAAUACAUGUUAAAUGGCUUUCCCUAUCUCGGGAAGGAUCCGUCCCCUUCUGCAACCCAGAGCCAGGGGGAGAGUGUUGUCCUGGAGCUGAUGGAGCCGUUUUUGGGGAAUGGGAGGAAUGUGACGACUGAACACUUUUUCACCUCACUCCCCCUGGCCCACAAACUCCUGGCAAAGAAUACAAGCUUGGUGGGCACCACUAAUAAAAAUAACAAAUCACUGCCUCCUUCUGCACACCAACGAGCAGCACUGUUCACCACCAAAGUGAUGAAAAGUGACAAAGCAACGCUCACCAUCUACCAAGAGAAAAGGAAGAAGAACGUGUGCAUCCUCAGCACAAUGCACAGCUCAGUGGAGAUUUGCGAUGACACGAAAAAAAAGCCAGAGACAGUCAACUAUUAUAACAGAACGAAGGUGGGAGUUGACAUGCUGGACAAAAUGCUGAGACAGUACUCUGCUCGAGCCACAACCAGAAGAUGGCCAGUCGCUGUUUUCUAUAACAUACUGGACAUUGCAGCAAUGAACGCGUGCGUCCUGUACCGGGGCUGCACCGGUUCAAACCCGUCCCGGCCAGUGUUUAUCCUGGAGCUGUGUAAGCUGCUGCGCAAUGAGCACAUCAGUAAGCCCAAAGUAGGCAUCUUGCCAUCAUUCCCCGAAAAGAGAAGGAAUUGCGGUGUAAAGCGCAACUGCAGAGAGAACAAAACCACCAAAACAUGCAUGGUGUGCCAACGUGGUGUGUGUGGACAGUGCAAGGGAAUAGUGAACGUUGUGUGUGCCGAUUGUGUGUGUGGCUACAGCACAAUCACAUUUAUUUGAGAAAAGGCCUGUCAGUGGUGGCAUUAUUCCUUAAUUGUGUCACUAAUCAUCUCAUUUGAAUAACCGACUAUAACGUUUGUGUCGUUUCUGUUGCAGUUUACAUAAAAAUGUCAAAUGGGCUGCCUGUAAAAUGUCUUGAGGGAUAGCACCCUGCUUACUCAAAACACGUUAUUUUCCAAAAUGCAUUUCAAUGUUAAUAAAUGUUUUUUUAAAUUAAAAUGUAAUGGUUUAUAAAAUGUUAAUAUGUGGUAUUUCCUUUUUGUCUGACAUUUGUAAUAUUUUGAGUGACUUCGAAAUGAAUUUUAAAAUGUGUCGAUCUGCACUGAGAUAAAGCAAUUGUAAAAUGAUUAACACCCAAUAAACUAAAGU